UGGAGAGUUCGGUUGCGCCGCAAGAAAACUAACCAGUACAAAACGACUCUUUCUCUCUCUCUCUCUCUGUGUGAUCGGAAGAACGAACGAACGGAAUUAAACCAAUCAAUCAAGCGAUCGAGAAAUCAAGAAGUGAAGAAAUGGCGGAAGAGAGAGAGGACCCACAGCAGCUGAAGAGAGUGGCGGCGGCGGCCUACGACUACGAGAACGACCCCAGAUGGGCCGACUACUGGUCCAACAUCCUCAUCCCUCCUCACAUGUCCUCCCGCAGCGACGUCAUCGACCAUUUCAAGCGCAAGUUCUAUCAACGCUUCAUCGAUCCUGAGCUUAUGGUAGAUGCGAUGUCGUCAGGCAGUUCUUCUCAGCCAAAGAGACCAUCUGCAUCGUCCCGGACAACAAAUGACCAAACUCAGCCCCGUAGUGCAGGUUCAACUCCCAGAACUCCAGGGACAGCAGCAGCAGCUCCUCCAACUUCUCUGCGUUGGGAUCGAAAAACCAUUCAGUUUUCUGUAAACGCUUGGGUGUUUCUUGUGGCUGUGCUUGCAAUUUUCCCACUGGUGCCUAAAAACCUUUCAGAUAGGGCGUAUCGGCUUUCCUUUAUGGGCACUGCAUGUUCGUCUCUGUAUUCCUUGUAUUCGCUGUAUGGGAAACCAAGGGCUUGGAACUUGCAGGCUUUGCAAGUUUACUUUCAGCCAAUAAUCACGACUAAGGAUUUUAUCUACUUGAUAUACUGCAUUACCUUUGUCACAUCACAUCUUUGCCUAAAAUUUGCACUGAUUCCCAUUCUCUGUCGGGCUCUUGAACAUGUUGCCAAGUUCCUUAGGUGCAAUUUUAGUCAAUCCUCAUUGUACAGGAAGUACCUGGAAGAGCCUUGUGUUUGGGUGGAGUCAAAUACAACUACCCUCAGCAUACUCUCUUCACACGCUGAGGUUGGAGUUGGCUUCCUUCUGAUUAUAUCAUUAUUCUCGUGGCAGCGCAACAUUGUACAGGCGUUCAUGUACUGGCAGCUAUUGAAGAUCAUGUAUCAUGCCCCAGCAACUGCUGCCUACCAUCUGAGCGUGUGGACUAAGAUCGGACGGACAGUUCAUCCCCUCAUCCACCGCUAUGCUCGGUUCCUGGAAACUCCUCUUUCUGCUGUUCAGAGAUGGUGGUUAAGGUAGAGAGUACUCGGAGACUCGGAAGAAGAGGAUGAGACUCGGAAGGACGUCGAUGGAAAUUUCCUUGAAUUCCGAUACAGGAGAAACUGACGUCUGAUACACUGAAUUUGUCGAAACUGUCAUUUGGAUUCUAGAUGGAUAAAAAGUAUAUCUACCGAGGCGGUGUCGAUUCUCUUGUUUUACUUCGAAUUAGGGUUCUCAGUUCUUCCUACAAGUUUUAUAAUGCUCCGGAGUAUACGAUACUUUGAGAUUAUUAAUCAUUAAAUAUUGUUUUU